AUGCCAGGUUCGAUAACAACGAUCCAGCUACUACAACAGUUCAAAUGGUUGGCAGUGAACCACAAGAUUUCACUAAAUAUGCAAGUUCCAGAAAAAACCGCCUCAAAAUAUCAGAUCACAUUUUCUGCAGUUGGCAAUGAUAACAUUCCAAUUAAUGACCUCGGUUCUAUUGAUUUCUGGAUUGUUGACCCUCCAUCAAUAAGUAUUGACGCACUAGAGAGAGAUACAUAUGCCAACAAUGAGAUUGUCACACUUAAUUAUCAUAUAACAGAUUCAUCAAAUAGUGGUGGAAAUCUUACCUUUACAAUUAAAGAAACACCAAUUGUAAUACCAUACACUACAGACAAAUAUCAAUCAAGCAAAACAAUUAAUGUUUCUGACUAUGGAUUAGAAUAUAGAGGUAGUCCGUAUCAUAUUAAGGCUCAUCUAAUUAAUGAUUAUCAAAUAACUAAUGAAGAUUAUACUACAGGGAUAACAAUUUCGAUCAGAAACAAACCUGAAAUAACAGAUGUUGUUGCCAAGAAAGUUAUAUUAACAACAGAAUCACAGACAAUAUUACUUAGAUACAAAGAUAAAGACAAUGACAAGAAAUUGAAAUUUUACUAUACAGUAAAUGAUGGAAAUGAUGCUACUGAGUUGAAACCGGCAUCUGAUCAAGAAUCUAAUGGAGGUGAUGACCAAAGUAUAUCACUUCCACUUCCAGCAUUUCCAAAUCCAGGUAAAUACAAUUUAAAGUUCUAUAUUACAUCAAGCAAUGAUUAUUCUCAUAAAGAAACAAAUUCACAUUCUGAUGGUGAACCAUUUGAAAUUGAAAGCAAGAAUCAACCAAAUGUAAAGAUAUUUAAAUUUGAUCAACAAAGUUAUAAGUAUAACGAUCAGGUUAAUUUCAUUUUUGAAGUUAAAGAUAAUACAAAUGGAACUAUAUUUUAUGAUUUCGAUGGAAAUGUAGAUCAUAUUGAUUACACAAUUAUGCCAGAAAAUAAUGAAGCGCUUACUAAAAAUGUCACAAAAACAAUUACAAUUGAUAGGUCUAAUAUGAAAUACAACAAAGGACACUCAUAUACUAUUCAAUUAAUUAAUGCAAGUGAUAUCAAUCAUAUUGCUGCAAACUGCGAGCGUGCACAACAAUCAUUCCAAGUCAGAAAUAUACCAUCAAUUAAGUCUGUAAAAGUUCCACCAUUAGUAACGAAAGAUGGUGAUAGUUAG